AUGACCAGCUUUGCCUCAGGCAAUGACGGUGACGACGGAGGGGUGUUUUGGCCUGCUGCACGUCUUCGGCGCAAAGUGAAACGACCGAGGGGACGGGACAUCCAUAGCAAAAAGGAUGCCCCCGAAAGUCUUGGGGGCCGAUCUUGGAACAGAGCUGUUAGAACGCUGGACGUUUGGCAGGUUCCUGGUGUCACAUUGAAGUUGACAGAGCCAGCUGCCAAUGGCGCUCCGAAACUCAUCUCAUCCACGACGAAGACUACCACGGCAAAAUCAAAGACGUUGUCCACUUCGGCGAAGAUUUCAACGAUUACAUCAAAGUCGUCUAUUGUCACAUCAAAGAGCUCAUCAAUUGUAACCGUGUCUACCACCAAAGCCUCAUCGACCUUGUCAUCAAGUGCGACGUAUCCCACCCCAACAGUCCCAAUCGGCGCCGGUGGAGGGCCUUUUGCUACCGUAGAGGGCAGGAUGUUCCAGAUUCAAUCAAAGACCCAGUAUUUCGCUGGCACGAAUGCGUGGUGGCUUGGUCAGCUGCAGAACAACACUGAUGUCUUCAACGUCUUUGCCGAUCUCGCCUUGUCUCAAUUAAAAGUCGCCCGUGUCUGGGGUUUUAGCGAGACCAACAAUGCUGCCACUGCAUCUAGCGUGUACUAUCAGGUUUUGAAUUCGAGUGGCCAGUACUUCAACUUCGACUCCAACACUGGUAUCCCAAGACUUGACUACGUAGUCUCAACGGCGGAAGCUAAAGGCGUGAAGCUGGUCUUACCGCUCGCGAACAACUGGGGCGCCCUAGGGGGCAUCCCGGCCUAUACGUCCGCGUUUGGAGGGAAUGGUACUUCAUGGUAUACUGACGCCAAGUCUCAGGCCGUCUACAAGAAGUAUAUCAACUUGAUCGUUAACCGCUACAAGAGCUCUGCCGCAAUAUUCGCAUGGGAACUCUGCAACGAGCCGCGCUGUUCCGGCUGCUCGACCUCAGUCAUCAGCAACUGGGCAUCAGACAUCAGCGCGUAUAUCAAAUCGUUAGAUUCGCAGCACAUGGUGGCUCUUGGCGAUGAGGGAUGGAUGACCCCUCCAGUGGGCGAUGGCUCGUAUGCGUACUCCGGGUACGAGGGCAUUGACUUCGUCAAAAACCUCGCCAUCUCCACCCUCGACUACGGCACUUUCCACCUCUAUCCCGAUUCGUGGGGCUACAAUGACACCUGGGGUAACGAGUGGAUCAUGCAACAUAACGCCGCAGGCAAAGUAGCGGGCAAGCCAGUCGUCUUCGAAGAGUACGGCUCGACUAACAUUACCAAUCACUCGGCAAUCUGCGAACCUUGGCAGCAAACGACUCUCUUGAAUACCAGUGUUGCCUAUGACUCCUUUUGGCAAUUUGCGACGACUCUGUCUAUUGACCCCUAUGACGAUUAUGCCAUCUACUACAACAGCACGGCGGGCAGUGACUAUGAGGUAUUGGCGUAUCAGCACGCGGCUGCCAUGUUGGCGAAGAAUCCAAUUGCCACGCAGUAA